AUGCAAGCGAUUGGCUCCGCAAGAGGAAGCCAUGGGAGUCUCUGCUUCAACCACUCUCUCUCCAAAUUCCUCUCUCCUUCUUCUUCUCCCUCGCUUCUCCCUCAGAGAUGUCAUUCGUUCUGUAUUCCGAAGAUUGGAGCUGUCCCUGAGAAUGGCAGAGGAAGAAAUGUGACGGUAAAAGCCUCCUCUUCGGGAGAAGACACUAACGAGAACUUUGCUUCGCUUGCUCCUGUUGAGCUUGAAUCUCCGGCGGGACAGCUUUUGGUACAGAUUCUUAGAACUCAUCCUCAUCUUUUACCCAUCACUGUCGAUCAGCAGCUCGAGAAAAUAGCCAGCGAAAACGAGUCUCUUAAAGCCGAAUUGUCUUCAACACAAGAUGUUCUCUCUAAGAGGAUAUCUGAAGUUAGAGAUAAGGAAAGACGAAAAACCUUGGCGGAAAUCAUCUACUGUUUAGUGGUACAUAGAUUUGUGGGAAAAGAAAUCUCGAUGAUCCCUCGGAUUAAACCAACUUCAGACCCGGCAGGACGGGUAGACUUAUGGCCAAACCAAGAAGAGAAGCUCGAAGUCAUUCACUCUGCGGAAGCAUUUGAGAUGAUACAGAGUCACUUGUCUUCGGUACUUGGAGACCGAACAGCUGUUGGUCCUUUAAGCUCUAUAGUUCAGAUAAGCAAAAUCAAACUGGGAAAGCUAUAUGCUGCUUCUGUGAUGUAUGGCUAUUUCCUCAGAAGAAUAGACCAAAGAUAUCAACUUGAGAGAACCAUGAAAACACUUCCGAAACGACCUGAGAAAACACGAGAAAGAUUCGAAGAACCUUCGCCUCCUUACCCGUUAUGGGACCCGGAUUCCUUGAUCCGGAUCCAACCAGAGGAAUACGAUCCUGAUUAUGCAAUAGAAAGAAGCGAAGAUGAGUCAUCGGCUUCUGGAUUGAGAUCAUACGUUAUGCAAUUGGACUCAGAUACGCUUCAGAGAUACGCGACAAUACGGUCUAAAGAAGCAAUGUCUCUGAUCGAGAAGCAGACUCAGGCGCUGUUCGGGCGGCCUGAUAUAAAGAUACUAGAGGACGGUAAGCUCGAUACGUCUAACGAUGAGAUACUGUCUCUGAGUGUCUCUGGACUUGCAAUGUUGGUUUUGGAAGCUGUGUCUUUUGGGUCUUUCUUAUGGGAUGCAGAGAGCUAUGUUGAAUCCAAAUACCAUUUCCUCAAGGCUUGA